AAAAUUUUAUUUUCCAACUUUUUAAUAAAUACAAUACGUUUCUUAUUUAAAUGAAUAGUUGGGUUUCAAGGAUUGCCCGAGUUAGAUACUUUAUCUAGGCACCGAGUUUUUACAUUUUAAUUCGUUUAUUCACUUCAUAUUCAGUCUAAGAUGCCAAUCAAAUCAAUCAAAGCACGUCAAAUCUUCGAUUCCCGUGGUAACCCUACUGUUGAAGUUGAUCUUACAACUGAAUUGGGACUAUUCCGCGCUGCUGUUCCAUCUGGUGCAUCUACUGGUGUUCAUGAAGCAUUAGAGUUGCGUGACAACGAAAAAGGAGCUUAUCAUGGUAAAGGUGUAAAGAAAGCUGUUGAUCACAUCAACAAAACUAUUGCUCCAGAACUCAUUAAAGCCAACUUGGAAGUAAAUCAACAAGAAGAUAUCGACAACUUCAUGAUUAAAUUAGAUGGUACAGAAAACAAAUCCAAAUUCGGUGCCAAUGCAAUUUUAGGCGUAUCAUUGGCUGUUUGCAAAGCUGGCGCUGCCAAGAAAGGUGUACCACUUUACAGACAUAUUGCUGAUUUAGCCGGCAACAAAAAUAUUGUUCUACCAUGUCCCGCAUUCAAUGUAAUUAAUGGUGGUAGCCAUGCCGGUAAUAAAUUGGCUAUGCAAGAAUUCAUGAUUCUUCCAACUGGAGCAUCAUCAUUUACUGAAGCCAUGAAAAUUGGUUCAGAAGUAUAUCAUCAUUUGAAAAAAGUUAUUAAGGAUAAGUUCGGUUUAGAUGCUACUGCUGUUGGUGAUGAAGGUGGUUUCGCUCCCAAUAUUUUAGAUAAUAGAGAUGCUUUGAUUUUGAUUCAAGAUGCCAUUAAAAAGGGUGGUUAUGAAGGUAAAGUUGAAAUUGGAAUGGAUGUUGCUGCUUCUGAAUUCCACAAAGAACAUUUAUACGAUUUGGACUUUAAAAAUCCCCAUAGUGAUAAGGCUACAUGGUUAACACCAGAAAAAUUAACCAAUUUAUAUCUUGAAUUUAUUCAAGAAUUCCCAAUGGUAAGCAUUGAAGAUCCUUUUGAUCAAGAUCAUUGGGAUGCAUGGAGUCAAAUGACUGCCGCAACAAAAAUUCAAAUUGUUGGUGAUGAUUUAACUGUAACAAAUCCAUCACGUAUCCAAAUGGCUAUUGAACAAAAAGCAUGCAAUUGCUUAUUGUUGAAAGUAAAUCAAAUUGGUACAGUAACCGAAUCAAUUAAAGCACAUUUGUUGGCGAAGAGCGCUGGCUGGGGUACAAUGGUAUCACAUCGUUCAGGUGAAACUGAAGAUACUUUUAUUGCUGAUUUAGUUGUCGGCCUUAGCACUGGACAAAUUAAAACUGGUGCUCCCUGCCGUUCUGAACGUUUGGCUAAAUAUAAUCAAAUUCUUCGUAUUGAAGAAGAACUUGGAGCUGAUGCUAAAUUUGCUGGCAAAAAUUUCCGUAACCCACAAUAAAUACAUACAUCAAAUAUAACAAAUACAUCUAUUGUUAUUGUAUUUUUUCUCUUGGUUAACAUAUAAAAUGUAAAAAAAAAUAAAAAUACACAGAAAUAGCAAAGUUAAUAAAUCUCUUGAAAGAGAAGAAUGAUUAAGAAUUCCACCAAAAUAUUUUCUUUAAACGAGUUUGCAAAAUACUACAAAACUUUGCUUUAAUGUGUUUUGAUGUUGAUAUAUUGUUACAUAUUAGAGAGAUAAAAGUGAAAAUGUUAAAGAAAAUAUUUCGUUAUAAUUUAAAAAUACAAUAAUGUUAAUUAAGUAUAUUUACUUUAACCAAUUCUUUAAUCAUAAAUGACAAAAUAAAAAUUAUUUAAUUAAGAA